GGCAGAUGGCUGGUUGUUUUUGUUUACACUUAACUUUACCAUUAAAAAUUAGAGAAAAACAAAUUUUUCACUCUUAUUUUUUAAAAAGAAAAUUUUUCGUGUCAAAACAAAUUCUGUUUUUCUUUUUAAAAAGUGCAAAAAAGCGUUACGGAAAAUGCGUUUUAGUAUAGUGAAUACAUACUUGCUCUUUAUUAUUCUUAUAAAUAAAUUAGUUGUAUUAAUCUUUUAAAAAUAUUUCUAAAAUUUGCCUUAAAUUUACAUCUAUUUUUUUACUUUUUUUACUUUGCAAUUUCUUUCUUUAAUUGAUGCCAUUGCCUCCUGUCUUGUAUUCAGUAAAAUCUCUCUACUAUUUUUACCUUUCCCUAAUCAGUUUUUACCCAGAUGGUGUUUUUUUAUGUUUAUAUUAAAAAUAAAGAGGGAUAUUUUUU